AUGGAAUCAAAAGCGUACUCGCGGUAUAAACUUUUUAGUCAGGUAAGCAGUAAGAGUGAUAGCUAUGAGAUAUGCGAUGAUAAAAAUGAUAACCAUAAAAAACCUUAUAAAAUGAACUUGGACACCCUUCAACUUUGUCGUAAUAUAGAAGACAUAUUAUCAAGUUUUAGUAUUUUAUGUCCAUCGUAUGAAGCUUCUGAUAACAAAUGUUGUGAAUACUUGUUAUAUUGGUUAUAUGGACAAGUAAGUAAUGAGAAAUACGAUUCCUUUAAUAUUCAUUGGCUUUACUAUAAAUUUCAUAAAUUACUGGAAAAGAAGAAUUUGCAUCGUCGUAAAAGGAUCAAAUGUAGUGCAAAUUUUUUGAGAAUACAAAAUAAUAAAUUAUUAAAAAAUAAAAAAGCGCUUUAUGAUUUUUUAGAUCAUUAUGAUAUUAUAAAAGAGGAACUGCAGGCUAACGAUACUAUAAUGGCUAAUAAGAUUCCUUAUUGCAAAUACAUAGGUUAUAUUUUUCAUUUAUUUGAAAAUAUGCUAAUGGAUCAUAAUUCACAAUCAAUUCAGGCAUAUAGACAUGAAAUGAAGAACUUUAAGCAUAAAAUUAUUGAUAAGGAGUUAGAUUUUAUUAAAACUUCAUGUGACACUGAUUCGCAAAUAUCCAUGUUCAGCAUAGAUACAAAAACAUUACACACCUUAAUUAAUGAGCAAUUAAAAAAUUUCAAAAUAACAGAUGUAUCAUUUAGGAAUAAAAAUUUAGUAAAUGUAAGAGAAACUAAUGGACAAACGAGUAUAUUGUCAUUCAUUAUUAAAAAAUAUAUUUUUUUAUCCAUUUAUCUAAAUGCUUUAUAUGACAUUUUUUGGAACAUAGAUUCUUAUCAAAAAUAUGAGACUUAUGCUCGAGGAGAAUCGAAUGCUUAUUCUACACCUUCAGAGUAUUAUUGUAAUCAUGAAGAAGAAUACACUGUAGAAGGUUACGAUAAGAUUAAAGAUCUCUGUAAAUUGUUCAUAUCAUAUUUGUCUUUUGAUAAUGUUCAAAAUGAUCCUAGUGGAAAUAGACGUUUAGGAUAUUUGAAUUACUGGUUAAACAAAGAAUUAAAAAAAAAUAAUUAUAUGAGUGCUACUGAUUUUAUGGAUGUCCUUAAUGCACUCUUGGACAAUAAAUUCCCGGCCAUUGCCAAUUACAAUAAAUUUAAAUAUAUAGUAUAUAAUAUUGAUGACGAAGUUAUUAAAGAAAUGGAUCUGUUGCAUCAUUUGCACGAUUAUUAUAAUAAGAUUAUUACAGAAUCACAUGACAAAGACAAAUGCACCGAAUACUUCAAAAAGUUCAUUGAUCUUUUUGAAGAAGGCAUUCACAAAUAUCAUGUAACGAAAAAUAAUAAUUUCUAUAUAGAACUAUUGAGACUAUGGUCCAGAUAUAAUGCUGAAACAGAUAGUCCGGAAUUUUGUAAAAGUAAUAUUUUGCCCGCAUUUCCCAAAAUAGAAACAUUGCAUCAAAAAGUAAAGGCAGCAUCUCUAUCGAAAACUGUAGAAUCGUGUAAGACUUUUACAGAUGAAAGUGUAGAUAAUCCACAACCUUGGAAUAAAGAAUAUGUAAAAAAUUACUUUUUUCUAAAAUAUAUUUUGUAUUGGCUUAUCUGAAUGACUUACUGGGUAUAUGAGAAAAUAAUAAAUAUAUUUAAGAGUCAUACUAACUAUGUCUAUGACAAAUCCGUUAUUCAAGAGCUAAACAAAACAGUUCUCAUGGCUAAUAGUGAAUUACCUGACAAAGAUAAGUGUCUAUUUUCUUUUACCGGCAAUCUCUUGGAAUGGAAAGAAGAAAAGCUUUUACAUGAUUAUUUUAAAAAUUACGAUAAAAUAAGGAAAUGCAAUACAUACAGCGGCGGGAAUAAUUGUAACUCUUAUUGUGGAUAUCUUAAACACAUCAGUAAAUUGUAUUACAGCUAUAUCAACAAGUGCUGCUCUUGUUAUAGUUAUCCGAAACGCGCUUGUUCUGAGUUAUGUCCAAAAUAUUUUAAGUGCGAUAUAAGUUAUUUUCCAAAUAAUCUCCUAUAUAAGAUUGGAUGCCAAGUAGAAGUAGAAGAAGAGAAAGAAAAAGAAGAAAAAGAAGGAAAAGGAAAAGAAAAAUCUAACGAAACCGCAGAAGAGGUAUUCAAAAACAUAACAGUUGAUCAUGAUGUUAUCAGGAGGAGCCAUAUCGCAAAGUCAUGUAAAGGUUUAAUAUGCGACUCUAACCACAUUCUUAACUCUAAAAUGGAACAAAUUUGUGUAACUAUGUAUAAAACCUACUACUUAAUAAUUCUAUUUCUCAUCUAA